GGGAGAGGAGGGGCAGCGGUGCACCUGGGGAUUUUGGCGACUCGCGCGUCUCACGGCUCAUUUAGUAAGUGACGCCCGUGCCGUGCACAUCGAGUGCCCGCCAGCGUGCCGGCCCCGCCAAGUUCGCGAGUUUGGAAGUGUGGAAGCCAGGUGCAUCCCGAUUCACCAAGUGUAGUGGCUCAGUGAAAAGUUGUUGACCGCGGAGAAGAUUCAACUGCAUCCGUGGAGCCGCGCACUGCUGGAUUUCUCAGAUAGCUCAACAUCGCGAGGAAAAAUGAGCAGCGAGUGUCCACUUUGUUUCGAAUCGAUCGCAUCGCCAUCGGAGCUGGACUUGCACAUGAAAACUCACACCGAUGGGAUACCUUUCAAGUGUACUGUGUGCUUCGAGACUUUCGGCCAAGCCACCGAUCUGAAAUCGCACCUACGGGCCCACAUGCAAGAGAUGUCAUCCUCUGACUGCGCAGCUGCCAAGAAGAAAGGCAGUGACGGUUCCAGUCUCAAAUCACACCUCGCUUCGAACACUGGAAAGGGGCCUUUUGAGUGCACAGUUUGCCACAAGACGUUCAGAUACGUAAGCGUCCUCAAAGUGCACCUUCGCAUCCAUACAGGGGAGAUGCCUUUUGAGUGUGAAUUUUGCAGCAAGAAGUUCGGUUGCAACCUCAGGGCGCACAUUAGGGCCCACACUGGAGAAAAGCCUUUCGAGUGUACCGUUUGCACGAAGAGGUUUGUCAGCAGCAGCCAUCUCAGGAUGCACGUUCGGAUCCAUACUGGACAGGACUUUAGUUGUACAGUCUGCUCCAAGAGUUUUGGUGGAGAACAAGCUCUCAGAGGACACGUUCGCACUCACAGAGAGGAGUUGCCUUUCGAGUGUAUGGUUUGCCACAAGAAAUGCCGUACAGGUGCCGACUUGAAGAAGCACGUGCGCACUCACACAGGGGAAAAACCUUUCGAGUGCUCAGUUUGUCACAAGAAGUUCAGCCAAGUUGGCACUCGCAAUCAACAUCUUCGCACUCACACUGGGGAGAAACGUUUUGAGUGCGCCGUUUGCAACCAAAAGUAUGCCCAAGCUGCCCAUCUCAGAAAGCACAUUCGCACUCACACCGGAGAGAAACCUUUUGAGUGUGAUUUUUGUCACAUGAAGUUCAGCGAUGAUAGUGCUCUACGGGGGCACCUUCGCACCCAUACGGGAGAGAAGCCUUUUGAGUGCACAUUUUGUGACAAAAAAUUCUCUGCAAGUUUUGGUCUUCGAUCGCACAUCCGUGUCCAUACUGGGGAAAAAAGCUUUGAGUGCACAGUUUGCAAGAAGAAGUUUGGCCACGGUCAGCAUCUCGAAAUUCACGUUCGCACCCACACAGGAGACAGACCAUACGAGUGUUCAGUUUGCCAGAAGAGGUUCACACAAACCAGCCAUCUUAGAACGCAUCUUCGUACCCAUUCCAAGAGGAAACCUUUUGCCUGACAAGUUUGCAUGGAGAAGAAAUGACUACGAACCUGAUCAGUCUCAAUGAUUACCCUUACCUUGUAAAUUUAAAUUUUCAGAUAUUCUUGUAUUUGUUGUGCUAGUGUAGAUGAAAACAGAAUGGCGUGGAAGUUAAAAGUCUCUGAGCCUUUGAAAAAUAAAAUUAGUUUAAUAGAUGUAAAGUGUCAAAUUACAUAAAAAUUACUAUUUAAGUUCUGUUCAAAUAAACAUUUA